AUGGCCAAGAUUGCUCUACACCAAGCCUAUGCCUUGGCAUUGUGCUUGAUAAUAAGCAAUGUAGUUGCAACCAUCGAGCAUGCUCGAUACAAGUACGAGUCACCAUUACUUUCUCCGUACAAGUAUGAGUCACCACCUCCACCUCCAUAUAAGUACAAGUCACCCUCACCUCCUCCGUACAAGUAUGAGUCACCACCUCCACCUCCUUACAAGUAUGAGUCACCACCACCACCUCCGUACAAGUACAAGCCACCACCACCACCUCCUUACAAGUAUGAGUCCCCACCUCCACCUCCAUAUAUGUACAAAUCACCACCACCACCUCCUUAUAAGUAUGAGUCACCACAUCCACCUCUAUACAAGUAUGAGUCACCACCACCAUCUCCGUACAAAUAUGAGUCCCCACCUCCACCUCCAUACAAGUACAAGUCACCCCUACCUCCUUCAUACAAAUACAAGUUACCACCUCCACCUCCACACGAGUACAAAUCACCACCACCACCUCCUUACAAGUAUGAGUCUCCACCUCCACCUCUAUACAAGUACAAGUCUCCCCCACCUCUUCUAUAUGCUUACAAAUCUCCCCCACCACCAACUUAUUACAAAUAA